UUCCCACUGCCGUCACCCGACCAGAGGGUGUGGCUGGCUGUGGCUGGGGCUACUCGGAUGGACGGCGAAUGUUGUUUUUAACGUCGUCGAUAACAUUGACAAGUUGGCGGCGGGCGAAAAAAUGCUUAUGUUAUCAUUAAUGAGCCCGUCUCGCCUCCUAAACGCGACGGCUGAAGCAUGCUCUUGGCGCAGCUCAACCGGGACUCCCAGGGCAUGACGGAGUUUCAAGACGCCGACGGGCAGCCCGUCACGCUUUGCCUGACCGAGGCAGUGACUGUGGCUGAUGGCGAGCAGAUGGACACCAUGGACACGGUAAGCCUGCAGGCCGUCACCCUGAUGGACGGCUCCACCGCCUACAUCCAGCGUGACACCAAGCCGACCUUUUCCGACGCGCAAAUCAUGGAUGGCCAGGUGAUCCAGUUGGAGGACGGAUCGGCCGCCUACGUCCGUCACGUGUCCAUGGCCAAAUCAGGAGGAGACAGUUUGCAGCUGGAAGAUGGACAAGCAGUUCAACUUGAAGAUGGAACGACAGCCUUCAUACACACACACAAAGCAGAAACAUACGAGCAAAGCGGGCUGCAGGAGGUGCAGCUGGAGGACGGCAGCACGGCCUACAUCCAGCACACCGUGCACAUGCCGCAGCCCAACACCAUCCUGGCCAUCCAGGCCGACGGCACCAUCGCCGACCUGCAGGCCGAGGCCACCGCCAUCGACCCCGACACCAUCAGCGUGCUGGAGCAGUACACCGCCAAGGUGGAGAGCAUCGAGAAUCCUUUGGUUUCCUACGGCAGAGUCGAAGCAGACAACGGCGUGCAAAUGCAGAUUGUGCUCCAGGGUCAGGAGAACAGGAGGGUGGCCCACGUCGGCGAGAAGGCGUACCGCUGUGAGCACGAGGAUUGCGGGAAGUUGUACACCACUGCACACCAUCUCAAGGUCCACGAGCGCUCGCACACCGGAGACAAGCCGUACAUGUGCGACUAUCCGGGAUGUGGGAAGAAGUUUGCUACGGGAUAUGGACUGAAGAGUCACUCGCGCACGCACACUGGUGAGAAGCCGUAUCGAUGUCAGGAGCUCAACUGCUGCAAGUCCUUCAAAACCUCGGGAGACCUUCAGAAGCACACGCGCACGCACACAGGAGAGAAACCGUUCAAGUGUCCGGUGGACGGUUGCGGCCGGUCCUUCACCACCUCCAACAUCCGCAAAGUUCACAUCCGCACGCACACGGGCGAGCGGCCGUACUACUGCUCCGAACCGAACUGCGGCCGCUCCUUUGCCAGCGCCACCAACUACAAGAACCACAUGAGGAUCCACACCGGGGAGAAGCCGUACGUGUGCACCGUACCCGGAUGUGAGAAGCGUUUCACCGAGUACUCGAGCCUCUACAAGCACCACGUCGUGCACACGCCGUGCAAGCCGUACAACUGCAACCACUGUGGCAAGACCUACAAGCAGAUCUCCACACUGGCCAUGCACAAGCGCACUGCCCAUAAUGACACGGAGCCCAUCGAGGAGGAGCAGGAGGCCUAUUUUGAGCCGCCUGCAGACGCCAUCGACGACCCCAAUGUGAUCUACCCGACGGCUGCGGAAACGUUGGCAGAAGAGGAGGACUCCUCCAAGAACAGUUCUGCGGAGACCACCGAGAUUAUUGCUCAGCAGCACGUCGCCUUGGUGACGCAGCCGGACGGGACGCAACAGCAGGUUAGCAUCUCUGAAGCAGACUUACAAGCCAUGGGCGGCACCAUCACCAUGGUGACCCAAGAAGGCACCACCAUAACCAUCCCAGCCCACGAGUUGGCCACACAGGGUGCUCAGGUGGCCAUCAUGACACCCGGUAUGACUUCCUUUGAAAGUGUGGAGGCGGCCACUUACAGCCACGAGCAAGACGACGUUCACCCAGUCACCUUACUGGCCACCUCCAACGGCACUCACAUUGCUGUGCAGCUCAGCGAUCAGCAGUCGUUGGAAGAAGCCAUCCGAAUAGCCUCGAGAAUUCAACAAGGGGAAUCGCCCGGACUGGAGGAUUGAUAUUGGAUAUGAAUCUGUAUCAAGUCAGCCUUUAAAAGAAAAAAAAUCAAGCAAACGCCAACUCGCAAGUCUUCCUUCAAAGUUUCCCUCCCACCGCCACAUGCAAUGGACUUUAAGGUUUUUAAGUGUACAUAGGAUUUUGAUAACUGGACUAUUUUGUCUCUCAACCAAACAGAUUAUGGAGAGGUGGGUGUGAUCAUGCACAGUGCAGGGUACAGUAAAUGUUGUUUCUAAAAUAAAGAGUAAUGAAAUAAAUAAAUAAAAACAUCAA